AUGUUCUCUGCACAAGAGGCUCACGAAGUCCGUGGCUCUCCUCCGUCCAAGCCCAACAUGCUGGGCGUCGGCGCCGUCAUGAGCAGAGAAACUUUCCUCCCUAGGAAGGCGUCUGCUGAAUUCCUAUCUUCAAUCCCACGAUCUCUACUCCACCCACAAACCCCUCCUGACUCAACCUCAGGCAGUCCAGUUGUCAAACUUGAAGGAUCCUUCUCAUCUGCUUCAAGUACUGUGUCUCGAGAGUGCUCUCCGAUCCCUCGUUUGACUCGCCUCAACUCAUACACCAAUCCUUCCGUCAAAUUGCCUAGCCUCGAGGAGUUCGAUCAAGGUGUAGAAGCCAUCGCACGAUCCUAUGGAUCAACGCGAUCUUGGACCCCUCCUUCUCCUCUCCCCACACUCCGACGUGGCUCUAUUCUGCCUCAACCUCUGCCUUCAAUGCUAGCCUUUUCCAUCCACGAGCCCGCUUAUCCAAACUACGCCAUCAGCAGCGAGUUCUGCCCUUCAAGGAUGGAUGGUUACCCAAGCCCGCCACCUGACAAUGAAGGGAGGCACAUUAAUCAAAAAUACACUACAGAAGAGGGGGAUUUCAUCAUCUACGCUUGGCACGACAGGAAACUCAAGUGGCAGCGUAUCAAGCAAGAUUUUGCGAGCAUGUUUGGCCGCACACCUGAACGGACUGUCCAAGGUCUUCAGGCGUGGUACUACCGCAUGAACCAGCGUAUCCCCCUCUGGGACGAGGAUGGAUGGCUGAUCUUUGACAAUGACGAAGACAUGGAGCCGAAACACAUUAGCAUCAAGUGUCGAGAGAGAGACACGCAGGAUCGGCCAAUGGAGCCCUUGGGGCUUGCCCAACGCUACCCUGAGCGAGCCAUGCACUAUUCUUGGGUUGAUCCCGAAACAAAACGCAAGUGUCGAGACUGGGCUGCCAAACGCGCUCUACAAUUCCGUGAACGCAGAGAGCGACGGAAGAGAAAGGAGCAGAGGCGCCUAAAGAUGUAA